CCCAAUCAUCACCGCAUCCACCGUACUCCCGCUUCGAUGCUGUUCCUCCUCUCCUCCUCCUCUCUUCUCUUCGACCCCACGCUCUCUGCCGUCAGAAUCGAGCUCUCUCUCUCGCUCUGUUUCCUGUUCUUCUCCGAGAGCAACCAUCAACACUUGCCCCUGUGCUCCCGCUGGCAGCAUUUACAGGGACAGCUAGGGUUUCUCGGGAAGCGUCCGGGCUUAACUCCACGUUACUGACCCGGCGUUCGGCCUCAGAAGUUAAGGUUUCUGCUUCUUUUGUCUCAUUAUAGGAAGCUUUGGAAGCAGGAGCGCUUUCUCUCUUCUCUCGCUGGCUAUCUUUCUUUGUCUUCUUGGAGGGAGGGAACUCAUCAGUGGAGUGUGAUAGGUUUUCUUUCGUUCAGCCACUUGUUCUGGCGUUCUGCUCCCUUUCCAGGAUGAGGUUUGGCGUUUCCCGGUGCAUUAAAAAGAGGAGGUAGGGAAAAAGCUGGACUUUUUCUUGCUUUCCCAGAAGCGGAUGGGGAGGAAAUGACCUUUGGGUCCGGUUUUUCCCUCUGAAGCUCAGCUUUUCCGUAACUCGUACCCAAUCCCACGCCAGCAUCCCUUUCCUUGGCUUUUGUUGGUUCCUUGAAGAAGCCCUUCGAGUCUAGAAGAGCACAGGGGUUUCUCUCGGAGCUCUCUUGAUCCAUGCUUCUCCUUCUCCCUGCUUUACUCUUUUCUUGAGCCCGGAAAGUUUAAAUUUUUAUAGCGUUUGAGGAAGAGAAGACCGAAAAGUUUGGAUUUUUAUAGUAUUUUCGCGUAGUAGUUUCUUUGUGGUUUAGGGUUUGGGAGUGAAGCGGAGGUCUGCAGUCAUUUGCAUGGAUGGGAGAGAAGGGAUGGCAAUGUCCGGGCCGGCGUCCUAUUACAUUCAUAGGGGAAUAGGCGGUCCAGCCGCCGUCUCGCAGCAGCCCGGUCUUCACGGGCCGCCGCCGGGGAUCCGGUCGAUGCCAAACCCCGGCUCAACCCUGGCCGCGCAGUCCUCCGGCAUGGGGGUCGGUGCUGGGCCUGUCGGUCCGGCGGCGUUUCAGGUGGAGCCCUCGCCAGUGAUCUCUCCCCUCGGCGGUGGUGGCGUGGGCGGCGGGGGGCAUGUGGGAGUGGGAUCCGGGGAGCCCGUGAAGAGGAAGAGGGGGAGGCCUAGGAAGUAUGGGCUGGACGGGACCAUGGCGCUGGCUCUGUCGCCUAUCUCCUCUGCGACGCCGCCGGGGUCGGGGAUGGGCUCGGGCUCGGGCUCAGUCGCUCCUACUCCGAAGCGAGGUAGAGGGCGGCCCCCGGGCACUGGGAGGAAGCAGCAGCUGGCUUUGCUCGGGGAAUGGGUAGCUGGCUCAGCUGGAAUGGGUUUCACGCCACAUAUCAUAACAAUUGCUGUAGGGGAGGACAUUGCUUCAAAGAUUAUGUCAUUUUCCCAACUGGGACCACGGGCUGUCUGUAUCCUCUCAGCAAAUGGUGCUGUCUCGACGGUGACGCUUCGCCAACCAGCAACUUCUGGUGGCACAGUCACGUAUGAGGGCCGUUUUGAAAUACUCUGCUUGUCUGGCUCUUAUAUGUUGACUGAUAAUGGAGGAUCCCGGAGCCGGAGCGGUGGUUUAAGUGUAUCUCUUUCUAGUCCUGAUGGUCGCGUGAUUGGUGGUGGGGUUGGUGGACUGCUUAUAGCCGCAACCCCUGUACAGGUGAUAGUUGGAAGUUUCAUUUAUGGAGGAUCAAAAAUGAAGAGCAAAACCAAGACCAUCCAAGAACCAGGUGUUGAAUCUGAUCAUUCAAUUGGGGACAGACAGACACCAUCCAGUACACUGCCCAAUCAAAAUCUCACCCCAUCUGUCAUGGGAGGAUGGCCGGGUUCAAGGCAAAUUGACAUCAGAAAUGCUCACAUUGAUAUUGACUUGACCAGGGGCUAGCUCAUGCCGGUUUAUUUAUACCUAGAUGGAUGGUGUGUGUAUAUGGCGUUUGUAGUAUGAUUGAGGAGCCUUAGGUAAAAUUAGCAACAUUCUGCGAGUCUUACCGAACUCGCAUCUUAUUCCUGCUUGAUCUCAUUUUGUUCUAACUUCAUUUUGCAGAAGAUACCAACCAUUUGAUGCUUUUUGUGGGAAUUUUUUUUUUUCCCCGUUUCCUCCAUUGUCAUAUUUAGCAUUAGAUGGCAUUAUGCAUUGCCUGUGCGUAGCCGGUAUGCUGUCUUCUACUUAGGUUUCAUGCUAGAAAUUGAUCAUUGGAAAUUUCUUUGCUGUUGUCUCAGACGGCAGGAAAUUUUUAAGAUUGCCAAAAUGUGAUGACAAGCCUUUUCAUUUUUAGUGCUGCUUGUAAUCCAUUUGAGUAUCUCCAAUCAAAUUACCGGUCAAAGACUGGCAUGUGCAAUGUUCAGGGCAUAUUGCCAAUUUACUUUUGAUUGUUUUGACUGGAUCCAGUUUGGUGUUAUUAGUCUCUAAGUUUUGUCAUUUUGAUGUAGUCAAACUAUUUGAAUUUGGUCAAUAAUGUCAGUUUCUUAUUGCAAA